CGGCUUUCAACAUUUUGGAUUUGAAUCGGAGCGCGGGCGUUGUUGAAAUAGGACGAUGAAUGAGACUUAUUCUUCGAGAACCGCAGAUACCAGAGCUAACAAGGGAGCGACCAGAAGCUCAAAAACUUUCGCGUUUUCAGAGACUGUAACUAGUGAAUCAUUUAUUCUAAAUAGUUACAAAAGGAAGAAAGACGACGUUUCCUUUUCAACAUACAAUACCAAGGGCAACGUUUCCCAAUAUGGACAAGCCAUUAUCGAAACAAGUAGUUCAACGCCUGCGCUUCCCCCGCAUGGAACUAUUGUGAAUUUAUCUUGUAAAGACAACUCUAAGCUUUUAGCUGCAAAGUGGACACAAAGCAAGUGGCGUUUGCAAUAUGUGGAUACUUGUUACUCCUCCUUCCCACAGACCCAGUUUGUUAUCGUCAGGUCUGAAAAGUAUAUUGGGUUCCGGUCUGCUGUAGCCGACGGUUGUCUCCUACAAGUAAAUAAACGAGGAGAGCUUGGCUUCGUAAACCCCCGUUUUGAGCUUUGGGAAAGAUGGGAAACUUGGCAGAAUGGCUUUCGCAACGCGAAAUUUAAAGAUAUUGUUAUAUGCAUCGAUAUUAUGACAUAUCCUUAUUACAGCAAAGAAACUGUGCAUCCUAACGUUGCCAGCACGAGUAGUCUGAACGGAAUUUCAAAAAGGGAUGAAAUCAUAGGCAAAGACUCGGAAGAACAAACUGUUACACAAGACUCGCAAAAUUCCACAAAGUAUUUAAUGCAGGAUCGUGAUAUUCUUUGUAGGAAGUUAAAUGAAAGAGACAUUUGUAUUCAACAGCUUGAAGACAGGCUCGAAAAAUUGGAAAAGUCGUACCAACGACUGUCUCUAGAUCAUGCUAAUUGCUUGGAGAAUUUGAGGGAGGCAAAAAAGACCAUUCAAUCGUUAGAAAACUCCAAAAAGUCAGUGAUGGAGCAGAUACCGGAUAAAUUAAAUUUGAUAGCAUAUCUGGAAGAGAAAUGUUCUGCCGAAGGAGAAUACAAGAAAGAGCUUAUGAGGCGUGUAGAAGAGAAGGAAUAUCGCAUCAAAGAACUUGAGGGCAAUGUCCGAGAUCUCCGUGAUGUGCUUAAUUCCAAGGAGAGACUUUUGGCAGCAACUCAAAAGAAUUUAAGAAGCCUUCGAGAAAGUUUGUCUCAUUCGCACUCUUAUUCAAUCAACCAGCGAGAAGUUUUAGUUGAUUCAACUUGUCGUUCAGAUGGAAGCAACUUAUUGGAAACUACAAGCAACAAAGAAUCCUCCCUCUCGACAUAAAGCAAACGAUACUUGAUCACGCCAAUGAUUAUAGGGUCAGUAGUGUCUAAAUGACAAUUUUCAGUAAUUGAAAGGUUAUACGCUUAUCAGCACUUUUAGAGAUGUAGUAUUGAAUGAACAAUAAAUCGAAGCGAAAUGGC